CAAAGUCCUGGGAACCUAAUCCCAAUUGUGGAACACCCAAAUCAACCAAAAUCCCAAUUCUCUAAAUCCAAAGUUAGGGAGCGAGCAUCGUACUCUACUAGUUUCUAGUAAUAAUUAUGCAAUGGGAGCUGAGCGUAAAAACACCGUUUUGAGGUGCUCAUAGCCCAAAUCCAAUUUCCCCUUUCCAUCUCUCUCUUCCUCAUCAAUGGCGGAAGCUGCUGACAAAUCCCCGACUCUAGCUGAGUAAUGCUAACGUUGUGCUGGAUCAUCCUUCAUCACAAAAUCAAUCUUUCCUCUCUCUGUGCCACAAUCUGCAACUGAUUUUACUCGCGAGAUGGCAGAGCUUGUUGCCGACAAACAUGUUCAAUAUAUAUUAUCAGUUGAAAAGAGGAAAGAUAAUUUUGAAUCUGUGGUAAUGGAGCAUCUAAGAAUGAAUGGGGCAUAUUGGGGAUUGACUGCUCUGGAUCUUCUAGGAAAGCUUGACACUGUGGAUGUUAAUGAGGUUGUUUCAUGGAUGAUGAGUUGUCAGCAUGAAUCAGGGGGAUUUGGUGGAAAUGUUGGACAUGAUCCACACAUCCUGUAUACAUUAAGUGCUGUGCAGGUGUUGGCUCUCUUUGAUAGGAUGGAUGUUCUUGAUGUAGAUAAGGUGACAGAUUAUGUUGUCAGCCUGCAAAAUGAAGAUGGAUCUUUUUCAGGGGAUAUGUGGGGUGAAGUUGAUACACGGUUCUCAUAUAUUGCCAUUUGUUGUCUAUCAAUAUUACAUCGCUUGGAUAAAAUCAAUGUGGAGAAGGCUGUGAAGUACAUUAUAAGCUGCAAAAAUAUGGAUGGUGGUUUUGGUUGCACUCCUGGUGGGGAAUCUCAUGCUGGUCAAAUUUUCUGUUGUGUAGGGGCCCUUGCCUUAACGGGGUCACUUGAUCUUGUUGACAAGGACCUACUUGGUUGGUGGUUAUGUGAGAGACAAGUUAAAUCUGGAGGUAUGAAUGGCCGUCCCGAGAAACUCCCUGAUGUCUGUUACUCAUGGUGGGUUCUUUCUAGCCUGACCAUGAUUGAUAGAGUUCAUUGGAUCAGUAAAGAUAAACUUAUAAAGUUUAUCUUAGAUUGCCAGGACACAGAAAAUGGUGGAAUUUCAGACAGGCCAGAUGAUGCUGUGGAUGUCUUUCAUACUUACUUCGGUGUGGCUGGACUUUCACUGCUUGAAUAUCCGGGACUGAAACCGAUUGAUCCAGCUUACGCAUUACCCGUUCACGUUGUAAAUCGAAUUUUCUUUACUAAAUAAGGACCAAUAAUGAGUUUAGGCUCACAAUCGGUAGUUCGAUCAAAUUAUUUUUUAAUAAUUUGCAUGAUUGACUCAAUGUUGUAAGCUAUUAAUUCCGAAAGUUCUGAGGUUUUAUUCG